GUGGUGUUAUACGUUUUAUAUUUUAAUGCGUCGUGUCCGUGGUUUUUAAAUUAUAGAGUUUAAAGUUAGACCGAUAUUAGAAGAACUGUUAAACAAUGUCUGAAGAAGAUAAUGUAGCAGAUAUGGCAAAGGAUCUGCAGAUUAAAGAUGAUCCGUUUAUAAACAUUCUACUACUUGGUGAAACUGGAGUAGGGAAAUCUACAUUCAUAAAUUCUAUUGUAAAUUAUUUAACAUACCCCGAAUUUGAGAUAGCUGCACAGGAAAACCUAAUAACACUGAUAACUUCACAAUUCACUGUGCAAGAUAAAAAUGGUGAAUAUCAUGAAGUUGAAGUUGGUUCUCGCCUUGAAGAUGAUAAAAAUGAAUGCCUUGACGUAGGUAUGUCAGCAACCCAAGAUGUAAAAUCGUAUGUAUUUCCCAUAUGGAACGGUGCGUUAAAAGUUCGCUUGAUCGACACGCCAGGAAUUGGUGAUGGAAGGGGUAUUGAUCAAGAUGACAUGAAUUGUGAAAGAAUUCUUAGUUAUAUUGGACAGUUUCACGAACUGCAUGCCAUUUGCUACCUGUUUAAACCAACAAACUCCAGAAUAACCGUUUAUUUUGAAUAUUGCAUGACUCAGAUUCUCUCACGUCUAGAAAAGUCGGCAAGCAGAAAUAUGAUUUUUAUUUUUACCAAUGCCAGAGGUACAGAUUAUACUCCAGGAGAAACUUAUCCUAUUUUAAAAAAGGUUGUUGCUGACAUUAAAGCAAGACCGCCGUAUGUGGACAUUCCCCUGGGUAAGAAUGUUUUCUGUUUUGACAAUGAAGCUUUUCGUUAUCUGACUGCAAUUAAACAGAAUAUUGAAUUUAACCCUAGAACAGCACAAAGAAAUCAAGAGAGUUGGACUUGGUCAGUUGAACAAUGUAACAACUUGAUAGAAUACAUUAUUGGAGAUUCCAAAAAUCCUCCAUUGCAACCCCAUAUUAUAAAGAACACAAAUGCCAUCAAUGAGGCUCGAAGGCUCAUAAUACAGCUGUCACGUCCACUUGCCGAAAUAUCUCAACUUAUCAGUGACAAUGUUUUUGCUCUACAAAGGCAUAAGGAAGAUUUAGAUAUGAGCUAUAAUACUAUAGAUGAAUUGAAGAAAAAAUUAUACAUGCCCGUCAUAGAUCUAGAAGUUAUGGAAUUGUCACAACCCGUUACAAUAUGUACCAGCAAAAAUUGUGCAGAGAUAUAUAAGGUAGGAGAACUUAAUAAAUAUCAUUACAAACAAAGAUGCCACGAUCCUUGUUUUCUUCGAAAUGUCCCUAAAGAAAUAAUAGGAAGCCCUGAAUUACUACAUUGUGCAGCUAUUAAUUCGUCUACAAAAGCUUGCAUACAGUGUCGAUGUGACUUUUCCACACACAUGCACAUUUAUUAUUUGUCAAAAACGGUGGAAAACAAAGUAGUUGAUAAAAACAUACAAAAAAACAUAAAUAAUAAAACAGCAGUAUUGGAAAAUUGCCAAAUGUUAAUUAAACAUAUUUCUACAAGAAAAAAUGAACUUGAUGAGGAGCACAAUAUAAUUACAAAAACUUGUGCUAAAUUUGCACAUUUUCUGCAGAAUAAUACGAUAACACCAUUCAGUGACUCUUAUAAGGAAUAUAUUGAAUACUUGAUUACACGUGAGAAAUCUUUGGGAAAAUUAGCAAAAAAGGCCAUUGUUGAUCAUCUGGAAAAAACUUUAUGAGAAUAUCAAGAAGCUAAGCGUUUCUUUGAUGAGGCACUCU